AAAAUAGAACGUGUAAUGUGUGCGACCGUAAUAAAAUCAAAAUUUAUAACACUUUCAAAUUGAAUGAUAAAAUUAAAUGUACACAAAAACGAACUUUAUGAAUAUCGUAAAAUGAAUCGAAAUUGGAUCAAGAAUUAGUCAUGGUAUAUUUUGUAUCGGGGUUUAGAGUUUUUGUAUUACUAUGCGCUUUACCAAUUACGUUGAACAAUGCGGAGAAAAUAUCAGCAAAAGACCUUCCAAAUGCUCACAUAAUAUCGGCUUUUCUAAAACAAUUCAUAAAACCUUACAUGGAAACUAUACAUGAUGAUGAGAAUAAGGCCAAACUACGCGCAGAGAGGGAAUCUAAAGUAGAAAAAGCUAUUCAACUUAAAAUGACCAAGUUAAAGCCUUUGCUUGACGAUCUUGAAUGUAAUGCACUAAGACAAGACAAGAAGAUCGAAACAGAAAAUGAUUUAACACUAAAUGGGAACAAAGAAACCACUAUAAUAGAGUUUGUGUCCAAGAGAAGGUCCAAUAAUAGGUCGACGAUCAAAGAAAACAAACAGGCACUGGACCCGUUUCAAAAGAAUAUCAAAAGAUACAAAGCGCUGAGACACAAAAUAAAGCAAGCGUUGCUCAAAGAAAAUGCUGCUAGUUCGACGAAGAGACUCAUUAUGAGGACAUUGGACGAGAUGCUAGCAAUGCUGAUAGAGGGACAGUGCACGUGGAAAAGUGUGGACACCACGGCCCUGAAGAAGCACAUGUUCAAUCAUCCAACGGACAUGCGCAAAUCCAUGAAACAUUUACAAAAGUUGUCCAACGAAGAAUGGAUGAGUUUGCGAAGGCAGUAUGUGGAUUACCUUAGGUCUUCCACAAGUCAGGAGAACGCAUUUAUACAACAGUUCCACGAGUUUUUUUCAUCUGUUUUAAACAAUACGUGGGACCUGACUAAAUAUACGGUGCAAUGUCAACUUGUCAAACUUAAGCAACAAACAACAAACAAGCCCGAUAAUGAUUCUUUAGUACUACGUAAUAAGAUUAGAGCCAAGGAUACGAAUCAUUGUGAUAGUUUUAGUGUAUGUGUAUGUACAGAUGAAUUGAAAUAUUUCUUCACGGAUUUCCAUAGUCAUCUUAAUGAUACGGCUGUGGGUGUAUUUAAGGAUUAUGGAGCCAUGUAUGUCAAAGAUACUUCAGCAGACACAGAAAUCGACAAAGACAUAGUACAGUCCGCACUAGACACUCUCAGUAAAACCGCUGGAAAGAAAAUUUGUAAGAUAUACAGGAAGCAGCUUCAAGACUUCAAGUUGGACGAGAAAAACGGGAAGAGUGCUAAUAUAGAUAAUAUAAACAACUUUAUAAAAUCAACAAAAGAUGAGGUGAAGACUGCUUUACUAAAAAUUGUGGAUUACGAAUUGAGUGCAAUGACAACGAAACUAUUUAAGACUGUCAAGGACGAUCUAGUAGUUAAUUUGAAAACGGACUUGGAUAAUAUGGAGACGCGUUACUCGGAGCGAGUGUGUGCUCUCUUCGCGUCGUGUAAUGGUGUCAAUAUUGCGUCACCUCCUGUCGCGUCAAGAAGAGUGGACGAGAAACAUUGGGUGUACAAACCCAAAGACGACAACGUUUACGUUAAAGUACAAUUAUCUUUGGAUGAUGAAUUGAAGGAUUCUAUAGCGAGCUUCAGAAGAAAGAGGCUGUUGGAUGGUAAAGAUUUGACACGCAGGUUAAACAGGGACAUUGAUCUACCAGUCAGAAUCGAAGAAUUCAAGGAGGGUAACCUGAGCGUGACUAGGACCACAUUGUUGGAGAUGACUAGUGCUAAAAUACUGGUUCCUAAUCUCCAAACUACGAAAACUACCAGUUUUAAGCUUACCAGAACUGUGACUCCUGAAAAUACUUUAAUAACACAUCAUACUACCAAACGGUCCCGAAAAAAACACAUAAAUGUAGUAUAUAAAAAGUAGUGUUAAGUAAUAU